CGGCUUUCCCCCAGCGCUCUCGCUUCAGUGUCUCGCGUCCGUUUACGGCGAGCGUAGUCGGUUGUGGGUUCGUCGUGCCGUUCGUUCCGUUAGGUCCAAGAUGGCCUGCGCGCGGCUCAUCGGCGAGUGAGCGCCCCGGGUGCGGCCCGAGUGCGAGAGGAAGCCGGCUCCCCGAGGCCCGUUGCGACGCGGGAAAAAUGUGACGGUCCUGCCGACCCCGGAAAGACCGGUCGAAGCACAGCUCGAGAUGGAGUCGCCGCUGGCCCAGGGGCAACUCGUCGAGGCUCCCGAGGAUGCCACCCCGGUGAGGUCCCCGACGCCGCCAACGAGGUCGACAAGGACGUCGAAUUCCAGGAACGAGAAGGAGUCCCCCGAGGAGGGGACCUCUAAGCCUUCGUCCCCGUGGACGAGAAGUCGCGAGGCCGCCGAGGAGAGGUCGAGGUCGGAGAAAUGCUCGGAUGACCUCGAGAAGAGGAUGCCUCAGGAGGGGUGUCGAGAAAAUUCGCCGAAGGAGGAGGAGGAGGAGGUGAACGAUGACAAUCGAGGUCGAGGUCGAGAUGCCGAAACGCAUCCGGGGACUUUGGAGGAUCGUCCGGACGUUUCGGAAGGUCAGACCUCGCAUUCCGGGAGGUCUCCGGAUCCGAAGAACUCCGUCGAACAGCUCGACCUCGGAGAGGUCGAUCGAUCGGAGGUCUCCGAGAAGCAAUCGGAGGUUCGUCAAGUAACGAGGUCGUCAUCUAGGACGGCAAGCACGGAGUCGCCCUUACUCAAGGAGUCCGUCUCGGAGAGGUCACCGGCGAGAUCGGCGACGACGACGACCUCUAGAAGCGAAAAGGAAACUUCCGAAGGGGAGAGUCCUCGGUUUUCGCCCCCCUGGACGAGAAGCGCAUCCCGCGAGGUCGUUGAAGCAAGAUCGAGGUUGGAGGAAUCCACGGUUGAUCCGAAGGACCUUACUUCGGAGGAAACAUGCCGGGAAAGUCCAACGAAUGAGGACAACGAGAAGGUGGUCGGAAAAGACAAAGAUGAGGGUCAAGGUCGAGCAAAUGAGGUCGAUGCAGGUUCGGAAACACAGGAGAGCUUCAAGGAGAUUCUGGGAGAUCCACCUUUGCCCUCGAGAACGGAUGCAACGUUAGGAAACCCCAUCUUACAGGCCGACCUCGAUAAGGCUGCCCAACCUUUGACGGAAGGACUCGAAAAGCAGUUGGAGAUCUGCCACGUGGCCAGGUCAGCGUCGGGAGGACCUUCACCCAGAAAGAGGCCGGCCAGCGACUUCCUGCCUAUCAGCCCGGAGAUCAAGAAGAUUGGAAUCGAGGUCUCCGAGGAGAGAGCCAAACAGCUGAUGAAUGACGUCCGGAGGUUGUCGCCCGUGUUGGUCGGUUUGAGGGAACGGACAUUGGGCGAAAUUUCCCUGACCCCGGAGUCGAGGAUCUUUGAGGAGAGGUCGAUCGAUAGGACGAACGAAAAGCCGAGCGAGAAUUCGGUCGACGACUCAGGGAGAACGGGGAAAAUCGAGACCGAGGUCGAAAAGGAGACCUCGAACGCUGAAGAAAAUCCGGGGAGGUCGUCCUCGUCGUCUUCGGGGGAUGUCGCGGAGUCGCCAAAGUCUCCGGUUUCCUGUUCCAAGGUCGACGAUUCUCGCCCCGUGGACUCCAGAUCCGGAAGGCGGAAGUUAGAAAAGCAGAACCUAGGCCAGACCCCGGUCAAGGAGCCCAGGAGAUCGAGGUCUUCGAGCUUGUCGGAUACUCGAAGACUUCGUGAGAAAAAUUCGACGUCUGCCGGCGACCUCGAUAUGCGACUCAAAACCGAAAGUCUUCCCCACGAUCGACCCACAGGUGUCAAAAGACCCGGGAAGGUCGAGGCUAGUCCGAAGGACUCGAACGUCGUGGCGAUGAAGGAACUAGUGGUGGUGUUAUCGCGAGUGAACGUCGCCGGGGACGCGACCCGGUCCUCGACCUCGCCGGACGCGAAAGUCGCCGGUAAAUCCGAGGGCGCUCCCGGGGCGGAUCUCAAAUCCGGCGCCAAUUGUCAGUCGGAGAGUCGAUCCCGCGAGACCGAGGUCGAGGUCACCCCCGACAGAGGUAAGGAAAGGCGAGAUUCGUUGAGAUCGGCCGACGAGAGUCCCUCCGCCAGGAGGAGCAAGAUCGUCGUCGAGAGACUCGGGGAGAACGAGGAGCUCGCGCUCGAGGCCGACCUCGGGAACAACCGCAGGGUCAUCCACAGGCUGGAGAACGACCACGAGGAGACGGUCGAUUCCGCCGCCUCGACCUCGGCCGCCCCCAAAGCCGUCGUCGAGGACGCGAACGCGACCCCCGGGGCAGUAUUAGCUCCGCCGACCUCGCCCUCGACCUCGCCCUCGACCUCGACCUCGGGCUCGGCGUCGAUGUCUUCGGAGCCCGCCGAGGACUCUCGGGUUUUUGACCCCGCCCAGGGCGGCCCCGGCUCUCCGGAGGAGCUCAACGAGGUCAGCGACUCCUGCGAACCGCAGGAGUUCGUCGACACGGAGACCGAGACGGAGACCGGCUCGGACAGCUCCGAGGUCGCCUCGAUCGCCAGGAUGGACUGCGACGAGGUCAUCGCCGACACCAUCACCUGUCCCGAGAGCGACCGUCUCAGCUGCGACGACCUUUCCGGGGAGAUGAUCACGAGGCUCGAGCCGGAGAGGCCCGAGGCCUUCACCGAGGACUCCGCCGAGAGCCUCGCCCUCGCCGCGGGCGCUAGGGACGAGGUCAGGUCGGACGGCAGCGACUCCGGCCUCGGCAGCGAGAUGCCCGGGGACUCCGGGCCCGCGCCUGCCCCCGAGAGCGACUCGGAGACCUCCUUCCUGGACAGGAUACCCGACGACAUCCUCACGGACAAGGAGAAAGGCGCGCCCCAGCUGUCCGGGUUCGCGGGUUCCCCGGUGACGAGCGUCGCGGAGCCAGCCCCGCAGCCGGCGCUGCCGUGCUUCCCGGAGCCCCCGAAGAGCAAUCUGAAGCGCAGGCUGGCCGACUGCACGGACGGCGAGCCCUCGCCGAAGAGGACCAACAACGAGGACACCAAGAAGAAGAGGAGCAUCCAGUUCGACGCAGUCACCGUUUACUACUUCCCCAGGGCUCAAGGCUUCACCUGCGUACCUUCCCAGGGUGGCAGCACGCUGGGUAUGAGCGCGAUGCACACGCACGCCGAGAGGUUCUCGUUGACGGAACACGCGGCCGAGCAGCGCCGCCUCCAUCGGGCCCGACUGGCCCAGCUGAGGACGGAGAGGGCGGCCAACUGCACGGCCGAAGCGGCUUCCAGCUCGGAGGAUCCCAGCGAUGAUACCGACGAGGAGCCCAGCGACAACGAGGAACUGGACAUCGAUAGCUACUACUUUCUCCAGCCGGUCCCCACCUGGCAGAGGAGGGCCCUCCUCAGGGCCGCGGGGGUCAGGAGGAUAGACGCCGUGGAGAAGGACGAGUGUCGCGAUAUCAGGGCUAGCAGGGAACACUGCGGGUGCGGAUGCAAGGGGUACUGCGACCCCGAGAGCUGCCCCUGCAGCAGGGCCAACGUCAAGUGUCAGGUCGAUCGGGCGGGCUUCCCCUGCGGAUGUUCCCGGGACGGGUGUGCAAACAGCUCCGGACGCAUCGAGUUCAACCCCAUGAGGGUGCGCACUCACUUCAUCCAUACGCUGAUGCGGCUCGAGUUGGAGAAGAAGCAGCGGGACGAGGAGCGAGACCACGAAGGGGACCACCAGGCGAAUCGGGGCCCUCUCAGGGAGGGUAACCUCGGCUCGAUGAUGGACUCCAACGAGGGAUGCGUGAACGGCGGAGGGUUCACGACUUUGCACUACGAGAGUCCGGAGAACAGCAGCAGCGGUCCCUGCCAGACGGAAGUUCCGGGUGCUCGAGAGGACAGCCUCGACCUGUACGCGAUCAGGGACGACUGCUACCCGAGCGAGGACACAGUGGACGGUGCCCAAAAUUCCCAGAGAAAACUGCAUCCAGAGUUUGGUCAGGCCUUUCAGAGCUUUCCAGUCGGCCAACCUGGGCACAACGUGGCCUUCCAGCAGACCUCGAGCUACCAGGACUACCAGAGUUACCAGAACCUGCCCUCGACCUCGAGGUCCCAGUUCCAGCCCCAGUUCCAACCACUACCGGGAACCCCUCCAGGGUUUGGGCACUACGCGGCUUAUGGUCAGGACGCCGGCCCGAUUCCAGGCCCUUGCCAGGCCCACGCGACGUCGUACGAGGCUUCCGGGUUUCCCCAGGACGAGGUCUCCGGCUCUCAGUAUACGAACCUCAGUUCGGUGCAGCCUAUGCACGCCGUCGUUCAGCAAAUGGGCAAGCUGGAGCCGUUUUCCGAACUCUUGGCCGGGAGGUACUCGUACUACGGCGAGGUCGAGCCCCAUCCUGGACACCACGGGACGUAUCAUGGGAAUCCUGGUACCAAGGUCGAACCCGAGAAGAAUGAGGUCGCGGAGAAGCAACCCGAGAAUGGGGAGGAGUGCGAUGAGAACUUUGGCGAGAUCAUCAAGAAGUCUAUAGUAGAGACCGUUUCGGCUUAGACGAAGAAGGACUUCUUGGAGGCUCGAGGCUGAAAGGGAUUGUUUUUCGGGGAUUCUCUCAGGUAUCCCGGAGAACGCCGAGGAUCUUGGACCUCUCUUCAACAGCUUAAUUUCCUGCGCUUGAGGGUCACGGGACUGGUCGAUCCCAGGAUCUACCCAGACUGAGUUCAUUUGAACCUGGCCUACUAGACCUGAAAGUCCUCGGGAUGAAACUUAUGGGCCUUGCUCCCGAAGUCUCGGUGCAACCCAUUCGGUCCAUUGAACUGCAAAUAGAACUUAAUUUCCUGCCGAAAGGUGUUCGCCCUACGGCUAAAUCGAGAUUUGUUUUCGUUUAACGCGGCAUUUGUUUCGGUAGUUGGAGUACCGAGACUGAGCCUGAGAGAUGAUAUCAGAGAGACAUGCCGGAAGAAUGAGAAAGAGUGCAAUGCGAACUCACGUAGGGAGGACGUGCAUAGGUCAACGAGUCAGUUGUGAUAAGUGACGACAGAUUUCUUUUAUUUUCUCUUCCCUUCUUCCCAGCAGUUUAUCCUUCUUUAAGUACUUAACGUACUUACGGAUCUAUCGAUUUCUCGGUUACUUCGUUUCAAUCGCAGGAAAUUGAUAAUCGGUUUGCCCGAUUCUCCCGGACCUACCGAAGGACUUGACCUUGAACUGCUGGUUGAAGAUGACGUAGACCAGAAGGUCAUCAAGCCGACGAUGAACCCGCUGAUAGUUUUUCGUCGAGCGUUCGCAUUACAUUGGAGUAUUGCCGAAUACGUGACGAGCAGGGAGACAUUCCCUUUAAAAUACGUCAACAGACCAGGAAAAUGUACGAAUGCUGGAAACAAAUCUGCUGGGAGUGGUCCGAGCGCUCGUUCAAGAUAAAUCCUGACAUUCUCUUUCCGCGGACGUUCCAAAGGAAAUUAUUUCUUCGACAAAAGAAAUAAACGUCUGCGGUGAGGAGAUACACGCCAAAGCUGGGAAUGGACCUGCCAAGAGAUUGUUAAUGGACGUUUUCUUGUUCCGAAAAGAAUGCGUUUCGUUUCGGAGGAAGUGGAUAUCAACGACGGAGGAAACUGCGCCGAAUAAUGGACGAGUCCAAAACACUUGGAACGGGCGUUCCAAGAGAAUCAUUCAAUUAUCUACUCACCAUCGCCGACAUUGGUGUCGUUUUUUGUACGGUGGACGUUCUUUUAAGUGGGCUGAUUUCUUUCCGGGGCUAGAAGAAUAAUCGGCGUCGAAGACGAAGAAACAAACGCCGAAAAGGAGAAGAGUCCAAGGGACGCGGGGGUCGCCCCGGGAUUCCCUCGCGAAGAAGAGGCGCGGUCGCGAGAGAGGACUUCAACGAGGUUGUGACCAAGAAAUAACAAAUGGGAUCAGCUUAGAAUGCAGUUUAUUAUACCUUAACUUUUAAUACUUGAGAAAAAGGGAUUCGAAGACCGCGUUCUCGGGCAGACUCCGCUCAUUCCAGGAGUCCGGGGAAAUCGACACGGGCCCUAGAAGAGCGCCUUGAAGUUCAUUUCCGGAACUUGUCCUACCGCAUUGAAUUCUAAACGAAGAUAACCGAGCCUGGAGGACACGAGAAUGUGAUAAUCGCGAUAAGUUCGCCAAGACAAUGGCGAACUCCACGAGACUAGCAUCCUCCCUGAAGAGCGAGCAUUGACAUAACAUGGACGUAGGGUGUACGAACAUUUCCAUCUCUUUCACUUUGUACGUGAAAUAAUUGCACAGCGCAAUAUGGCGAUAGCCUGUCUAACGGCAAGAGAUAGAGCGAAAGAAUAGGCGUUCCGGUCACCCCCUUUCCGUUCUGGGGUCUUCACAAGAAUACCAAGGGAACAGUUGGAUUUGCAGGCAGUGUAUCCUACGUCCAUGUAGAGAAAGAACGAGCUUUCCUCGCGUUAUAUUAAAUGCGUUUCACUUUUCUGCGCAAUUGGAUGUUCCUUUCCGCUCCAGAAACAAACCGAAUUGCAUUUCAUUUCAGAGUUUAGUCUGUCUUCGGCGCACAAAUUGUUUAUUUUCUACGUUUGUUCUCUCCAUCCCUCCGUCCUUAUGUACACGCGAGAAUUUUUUUACGGGCCUUUGGCGCGAACAGUUUCUCUUCCGUAUUCGAAGAAGAUGCAUCGUUACCCCAAUGGAGCACAUAUAUAAAAACGACGUCAAAUUGACGUGCAACUUUUGGACUUCCGACGUCAAAUAAACGUCAUGGCAGACCUUGUGGACGUUCAAUUGACGUAAAGUGGACGUCCGAGGGUUCGCGAGGUGGUCAUCGAAGAAACGUCGAAUAGAUUUCAACCUUAACAUCCGAUAGACGUUAAGUUUACGAAAGUACGUAAUUGCGACGCUCCGUAUGCGAAAUUGCCACGCACAUCAACCUUGCGUCAAGUUGAGGUAAACUUUAAGAUUUAGAAUGUGCUAGAGAAACAUUAAAUAUUACCAACGGGAUGUAAAUCUGACGUAGAAGUCGCGUGGAUUUCGAUACAUCCAGUGUUUCAUUCUUGACGUUCGGUUGACGUUCAUUUAACGUACAGUUAACGUCAAAUAAACGUAAUAUCAGACCUUGCCGACGUUAAAUUGACGUAAAGUGGACGUCCGAAUGUUCGCGAGGUGGAC